AUGCGGGAGAUUUUGUUGACAGAGAACGAUGAAAUUAAUGAUGAUAUUGCCGAUAGCAAAAAUUCUGAUUUAGCUGGUCUACUUAUUCAAUCUGGUGUGAAUCGUAACAAUCAUGAAUUACUUAGUGAACUAUGGGACAUUAGUCAAAGUCAUCCAAUAUAUCGAGCUACAAUGUUCCUUCAAUGUUUUAAACAUCUUCUGCAAUUUAUUCGAUUCUAUGAUCGACAACAUCGUGAUAAAUCUGAUUGUCUUUUUUAUUUUUCUGGUCCAUACAUGCUCCUAUCUUAUCAAGCAAAAGAAAAUAAAAUACCAAUUAUUCUAUUACUUUCAUUACAUAAAGUUUCCGAAACAUUUGGUGGUGAGAAUAAAUUGCCAUGUGCAGUCCAUGAUUACAAUCAAACAAAAUGUCGUGUAGUUGCUACUGAUCAAUGUAUUGGAUCAUGCACAGUUCGACGAAUCAAUCGACGAUGGCCUAUGACGGUUUUUUAUAAUUUGAUUGAUAUUGCUGCAAUAAAUGCUUUGACAAUUUGA